AUGGCCUACUACCCCUCGUACACGUCUUCUGUCUUUCCUCCCGAGAAGAUGGACUUCGAUCGGUACGACUGGGUAGACUUCGCGUUCGCCGUUCCCCAGGAGGACUUCAGCCUGGGCUGGGACGGCUCAGACGACGCGUCAGACCUGCUCAAGCGCCUCGUGGCGAACGCGCACGCGAAGGGGAAGAAGGUCAAGGUCAGCAUCGGAGGCUGGACCGGCAGCAAGUACUUCUCGAAUGCGGUGUCGACUCCGCAGAACAGGCAGACGUUUGUGGGCAACAUCUUGCAGUUGUACAGUCAGUACGGUAUCGACGGCAUCGACAUCGACUGGGAGUAUCCUGGCCAGCCCGGAAACGACGGAAAUAUCUACAUGUCUCAGGACCCGGCAAACUAUCUCAGCUUUCUGCAGCUCUUGAGGGAAACGCUGCCGCCCCAGGCAAAAAUCAGCGCGGCGACCAUGACUGUGCCAUGGACGGAUGCAAAUGGUGAAACCAUGAAAGACGUGUCUGCCUUUGCUCAGGUCCUCGACUGGAUCUUGAUCAUGAACUACGAUACCUGGGGAUCGUCGAGCAACCCAGGACCGAACGCUCCGCUGAGUAAUGCGUGCCACAACUCGACGCAGAGCUCGUCGAGCGCCGUCGCAGGCGUCGCGACGUGGACGGCCGCCGGCUUCCCCGCUAACAAGAUUGUCCUCGGCGUCCCGUCGUACGGGUAUAUCUCCAGCUCCUCCGCGAACUACCUCCAGACCCGUGCUGUUCCGCUCGGGCACUCGCACGCCCGACGGUCGUCUCUGGCGAACAAGAGACACGUCCCGAUGCACCUCGACGGAACCGCCGGCAGCGCGCUCGGCGAGAUGGGAAUACCGGACACGCUCCUGCAUUCAAGCGGCGGCAACGCGGCGAAGGCUGGCGCUCCGAUGGUUCUGAACGAGGACGGCAACGCUGCGGACGGAGAGGUACAGUUCCGCGAUCUGGUCCAGCAAGGCGUCCUGCAGUACAUCUCGGCAUGGAGCGACACAUCUGCGAGCGCAAAGACAGACGCUGCUGAAUACGACCGUGCAACCGGCGACGACUCGGGCGACGACACUGGGAGCUCUGAUACCGACGAUGACUCUGACGGCUCCGACAGCUCUGACACCGGUCCUGAUGACGGCUCCUCCGACAGCUCUGGCGACACCGGCGACCAAGGAGUCCUACCUGCAGGCUUGGCUCUUCCCGGACUGACGGACAUCGAUUCCACGACGCUGAACGCUCUGUCUUUCGCCGGACACCAGAUCGUCAACGUCUUCAACGGGCUGAAAGGCUUUGUGCGGCUCUGGGACGCGUGUUCAAGCACGCCCUACCUACGUUCGACGGCCGCCGGGCAGGUCGUGUCGUACGAUGACCCGCAAAGCCUCGAGAUGAAGGCGGUGUUCGCGCGGUAUGCUGGCUUGCUCGGGGUGAACAUGUUCGACGCGCAUGGUGAUACCGAUGCUGGCGACUUGGUGGACGCCGUAAGGCGGGGGCUGGGCUUGUAA